UAAUCAUCAUCAUUAUCAUUACCAUUCUUAUCUCAUUGCCUUUUUUCACUCUUACCAAUUUUUAUCAGUUUUCGCUUAAUUAUUAUCAUUAUUUUAUUACAAAUUUUCACUCAUAUCAGAGGAGUAUUCACUACACACAGGAAAUUGGCGUUUUGCAAAAAAAUAAAAACGUAUACCUUCUGAAACCUCUUGUCCACCUAACCUUUUAUUAUCACACUUUGAAAAAUGAAUUCCUGUUGUUGGUUGUGCAUUCAAGGUGGACAGAAGAUACUGUCACUGAGCAGUGAGUAUUCAACAGAUAACUACUAAGAAUGUAAUCACACCAACACAUACACGUGCACACAUUCCAGCUCUCUCCCUCUCUCUCUCUCGCUUAUGUAACUCUGUUUUUCGUGAUGAAGCUGUCACAGUAACAAUUCCACAGGAUUUUUUACUCAAUGUUAAUUAAAGAUUAUUCGGAAAACUUAAAAACCUGUCUGAUUUGUCAACAUCUAAGCAAAUCAUGAAAUUAUCGCCAUCGUUAUCACUAUCCCCGUCAUCAUCAUCAUCAUCACCAUGCAGUCUACCGUCUAGGAAAUGUUCUUUAGUCAAAGUUGAUUUAAGCAGUUCAACGGAGUGUUUCCAUUACUGUUGCCAUCCUGAUCAUGAUCAUUAUUAUUACUGCUGCUAUUAUUACUGUUAUCCUUCUUCUCAAAUUUGUCAAUAUUGGAUUAUUAGAUUAUUUCUACUGAAUGUUAUGCUACUGUGUAAUUUUAAUUUAUGCGUGUUAGCUCAACCUUGGUUUAGUUUACAAGCUGUUAAAGAGUAUCUUGAUGUUGCAAGUCCAGCUAAAAUUGUCCAUCCACCUUUGGAUACAAAAGCUAUCGCUGGAGAGUCAAUUCUAUUUUUCUGUCAAGCUGAAGGCAAUCCUACGCCUAGAGUUGUCUUCCGUUGGAAUGAUAUUGAAAUAACACAGAAUAGACCUGGUCUACAGUUUAAAGAAUUGUCUGCAGACAGUGUUGCUUUACGCGCUAAAUUAGAAUUGAGCCAUAACGGGAAUACUGUAACAUGUUUUGCUCAGAAUCAUGUCGGUUCAGAUUCGGCUACAGCACAAAUAUCAGUAUACAAUGCAAAUGAAACUCCACCAAGAGGAUUCCCUAAAGUGCAUCAAGAUCCAUCUGCUACAAUCAGCCAAGUUGGUGAUUCAACACAUCUACAGUGUGAUGUUUCAGCUGAACCACCGGCAACAGUCUACUGGAUUAAAGAUCAGUUCGAAUUGAUCGAUACAAGUCUUCCAAGAUUUCGAAUUGUCAGAUCAGGAUCGCUUGUAAUUGAAACUCUGUUAGAAACUGAUUCAGGCGCUUAUGAGUGUAUGGCACGUAAUGAAGUCGGCACUGUACUGAGUAAUUCAGGUCAUCUGCAUGUACGACAUAAUCUUACAAUUGCUUAUCAUUUUCUACAACAAAGAGGCAAGUUUCCUUCUAAGGAUAACAGCAUAUGUACAGUUUAAAUA